AUGAAAACUGUGGAAAAAUACGUUCACCAGGAAGCCCCAUAUUAUUUUGACAAUGGUAUCAGAUUAUCCGAAGGUGUUACAUAUGUUUCAAAGGCUAAAACACUUUUUUGGAUAGAUAUAUAUAAUGCAUUGAUUCAUAAGGUUACGGAUAUCAAUGAUAUAUCGACCCAUAGUGUGUGGAAUGCUACUCUAGAAAACUAUGAGGGAUCGUAUCCCUUUGACUCUUCCUAUCCUGAGAGAAUAGGGGUCGUUUUUCCAAUAGACAAUAGUAGAGGUGUAGAAGAUGUGUACUUUGGAGCCAAGUAUGGGAUUGCCAAGAUGAGUUACUCUACAGGUAAAUGGGAGUAUGUAGUCCCUUAUGCGAAUUCUGGAUUGCAAAAAGAUUGGAAGAAUUUGAGAUCUAAUGAUGGAAAUGUUUCACCGGAUGGUGAAAUAUUCAUUGGGAUUAUGCACGAUUUCCAUUCUGAUGUGGAUUUCAAAGACCCAAAAGGUGCACUUUUCAAAAUCAAUCUUCCAAGAAGGACGUGCACGUUGGUGUUGGACAAGAUAAUGAUUCCAAACGCCAUCAAUUGGGACAAAGACGCGAAAUACGCGUAUUUCACUGAUUCUUUGAAUUACUCUAUAUUCAAAUUCCCCUACAAAGGCUCCAAUUUAGUAGUGGAAGACAAAUCUUUGUUCGUGGAUGUAAAAAAGUACAAUGCGCAAUAUGAGUCUCCAGAGCCCGACGGAAGCUUCAUUGAUCCUGCCACUGAUAAUAUAAUCACUGCAGUGUGGUCUACUAACUCUGUACAAAGAUACAACACCAAGGGUGAAUUAGUUUUCAAGUGGGUAUUCCCUGAAACAAGCCGUGUUUCAUGCUGUGCGCUUGCAGAAGGUCAUAUGUUCGUCACCACGGCCAAUGAUGUAAUUGAUAAAGAUGAAAACCCCCAAGGUUUGGGAGGGUCAAUCUACAAAAUUCCUAACGUUUCUUCGUAUACUGGGUCUUCCAAGAACACCCCAAUUACCUCUUAA